AUGUCUUCGUCCAGCGAGCAAAUUGCCCUUCUCAUAGAGCUACACGAAAAACAUACCUGCUUGUAUAUAGUGAAGCAUCCUGACUACCAUAAUAAAAAUAAAAGAAGUAUGGCCACAGCGCAAAUAGUGGAAGGACUAAAGGAUGUGCGACCAAAUGUCUCGGGAGAGCAGGUCCAGAAAAAAAUUCUGGGCUUAAGGACCAGUUAUGCGCAGGAGCGCAGAAAGGUUUUCGAGUCUCUUCGAUCAGGAAUGGGAGAGGAGGAGGUAAGGUCUGCAGCUGACUGA